CUUCGCCAAAACAGCAACGCUUCAAAACACACGCACAAUUAAACGGUACAUUAAGAAGAAACAAAAACAGAGACGAUGCGUUUUACAACUUUGGCACUUGUGGCAUGUGCAGCUUUCAGUGCUGCUAUGGCAGAUGUCUCACAUUUGGCCAAGCAGUACAUACCACCAAGAACGAUGAUGCCACCUAACGGAGCUGGAACGGUCAGUCCCAAUAAUGCGUCGCCCAUUAAACAUAUGGGAGAACGCACUGUGACAACGAUUGAGAAGCAGGAACUACGAGAAUUGCCAACACAAACAGAAUACCUGCUUCCGGGGCAGAUGCCUUAUGGUAUUGGUACUAUCAGCAGUAAAAAUAACUACAAUCAAAACGGCUCGCCUUUAAGUGCACAUUCCGAUGAGAGACCGUUAGAAAUGAUGAUGCCAAGAGAACUAUUGACGCCACCACCAGUACCAAAACAAGAACAGCAACCAGUCGUUAUGCCAACGAACCAGUAUUUGUUGCCGAUGGGUAAUAAAGAGUCAACCAGUCAGACAAAUCAAGAUAGUAUGCCUUCAAAUAAAUAUUUGGCACCGCCGAUGAAUUCAUCUGAACAACAUCAGCAAAUGAGUUCAGAAACUGCACACAGUAACCAGAUACUGGAGCAACAACAACCAACUGUACCCUCACUGCAGUAUUUAGCGCCCAUGUCAUUGAGCAAGACCAUGGAUGAGCAAGACCAUGUAUCUCAAGAGACCUCAACGGCUACCCCAACCAACAGAUAUUUAGCUCCACCGACAAUGGAUAGCAGCGAGCAACAACUGCAACAACAAUCUGCGCCAGCCGCACAAUACGUGCCACCACAACAGCAAAUGUCGGAAUUGCCCUCAAGCCAAUAUCUACCUCCUCAAGUCCAAAGUCAUGAAAUGCAAAUGCAGCCAGAACAAGGAUCAGAGAUACCGCAAGCAGCUCACCAUUUGUCACCAUCUUCAGAAAUGCCUCAACCACUAAUGAACGUUGUAUCACAAAUGCAGCCAUCACCUGAAUACCUCAGCCCAUUCGGAGAAGGCGAAAAUGUAGCUGAAGCCGCUCAAGAGGCCGCAGAAAUGUUCGAUGAGCAAUCAGUACAUCAACCGACGCCACCAGCAUCUAUCGACGAGCCCACUAACUACUAUCUAGCCCCACAGUCUCCUGAAGCUCAACAGCUCAACUACCAAGAAUACCCAGAACAACAGCCAGAACAAAUGACACCUGUCGACUUUGUGCGUCAACAUCAGCAGCUGAUGACGCAGUUCGAAAGUGUUAAUGAUGCGCCGGUAUCUUUCGCCCAAUUCCAGUCGAUAAGUACUGCUGCACCCAUCAUGCAAGUGGCUCCAGAGCCUAUGCCAGCGCAUUUCUUAGCCGAAGAUGGUUAUCACUAUCGUAAUGGCGUCAAUAGUAACGGAAAUACCGAUGUGAGACGUUUCCGUGCUAGACAGUGA